GAAAAAUAUCUGCAGUUCAUCGAUCGUUGCGUAGAUGAGGAGGAGAAGUGGUUGCUGCAGCCAUUGACGUUUUCCGCAGUUGACGUCGUCCCAGGCUUAUCGUGCUUUGCCCUCUUUGCCCGAGGCUGAUUGGCGCUGCACCUUUGCACCCUAGGAGCUUGCAACAACUCCUCCCAUUCCACAUCUCCGUCCACACCUCACAGCUUCUUCAAUUCUUUCCACCUCUCCACUCUCUCUUGUUCUUGUGUCCAGCUCUACCCCGAGCUUGGGAUUCUACACCUUUUGCUAGAGAUCCAGUGUUGCCGCCAACAUGAUGUCCUCGCGGCCUUUGGGCCGUCUGGCCUCCCGCCUGGGAGCCAAUGUUGGUUCUCCCUUGCGGAUGUCAAGAAUGGGUUAUGCCACGGUCUCGGAUGAUCCGCUCAGCAAAAAUAAGUCACACCUGGCACACUUGCUUCCGUCGAAAUUCCUGACAGCCGGAUACAGUUCGAAAUGACGAACUGGGAGAAAGGCCAUUACAUCAACUACAAGAAGAUGUCGGAAAACCUCGCGAUCGUUCGCAGCAGACUCAACCGCCCUCUCACUUAUGCUGAGAAAGUUCUCUAUUCGCACUUGGAUGACCCGCACGGACAAGACAUCGAACGUGGGGUGUCCUACCUCAAACUCAGACCUGACCGAGUCGCCUGUCAAGAUGCCACCGCCCAAAUGGCCAUUCUCCAAUUCAUGUCCGCAGGCAUGCCCUCAGUUGCUACACCGACUACCGUCCAUUGCGAUCAUUUGAUUGAGGCCCAGGUUGGUGGAGACAAGGAUUUGGAAAGAGCCAAAAACAUCAACAAAGAGGUCUACGAUUUCUUGUCCACUGCUUGUGCGAAGUACAACAUCGGCUUCUGGCGUCCUGGCUCAGGCAUUAUCCAUCAAAUUAUUUUAGAAAAUUACGCAUUUCCCGGUGGCUUGAUGAUUGGAACCGACUCCCAUACCCCCAACGCUGGUGGUCUUGGUAUGGCGGCGAUUGGGGUUGGUGGAGCCGAUGCAGUCGAUGUUAUGGCCAACCUGCCUUGGGAAUUGAAAGCACCAAAGGUGAUUGGUGUCAAGCUGACCGGUGAAAUGUCUGGAUGGACUUCUCCGAAGGAUAUCAUCCUCAAGGUGGCAGGUAUCUUGACGGUGAAGGGAGGUACAGGUGCGAUUGUCGAAUACCAUGGCCCCGGUACCAACGCUCUCUCCUGCACCGGCAUGGGCACCAUCUGCAACAUGGGUGCCGAGAUCGGAGCAACCACCUCACUAUUCCCUUUCAACGACCGCAUGUAUGAUUACUUGGUUGCCACGAAACGCAAGCAUAUUGGCGACUUUGCUCGUGCCUACGCUGCUGAGCUCCACGAAGACGAAGGUGCCGAGUACGACCAACUGAUUGAAAUCAACCUCUCCGAACUUGAGCCUCACAUCAACGGUCCAUUCACCCCAGAUUUGGCGACUCCCAUCUCCAAGUUCUCACAGGCAGUCAAGGACAACAAAUGGCCUGAGGAGUUGAAGGUCGGACUGAUCGGCUCCUGCACGAACUCUUCAUAUGAGGACAUGAGCCGCGCUGCAUCGAUCGCUCAGGAUGCUAUGGACCAUGGCAUCAAGGCCAAGGCACUGUUCACUGUCACCCCUGGUUCCGAGCAAAUCCGCGCCACAAUCGAGCGAGACGGUCAGCUCAAGACCCUUGAGGACUUCGGAGGCCUUAUCCUCGCCAACGCCUGUGGCCCUUGCAUUGGUCAAUGGGAUCGAAAGGAUGUAAAGAAGGGCGAGCCCAACUCUAUCAUCUCGUCGUACAACCGAAACUUCACUGGCCGCAAUGACGCAAACCCAGCUACCCACUCAUUCGUCACGUCUCCAGAUUUGGUCGUGGCAAUGACCAUCGCAGGAAAUCUCAACUUCAACCCUCUCACGGAUACACUGAAGGACAAGGACGGCAACGACUUUAAGCUCAAGCCGCCAACUGGUGAGGGUCUGCCUCGAAAUGGAUACGACCCAGGCCGUGAUACAUAUCAAGCCCCGCCUGAGGAGCGUGCGCAAGUGGACGUGAAGGUGUCUCCGACGUCAGACCGUCUUCAAAUCUUGGAACCUUUCCAGCCCUGGGACGGCAAGGAUUUCGUUGAUCUUCCCAUUUUGAUCAAGACCAAGGGCAAGACCACCACCGAUCAUAUCUCGAUGGCCGGUCCUUGGCUCAAGUAUCGUGGUCACCUCGACAACAUCUCCAACAACAUGCUGAUUGGUGCCAUCAACGCUGCGAACGGCGAAGCCAACAAGGUCAAGAACUUCAAGACAGGCGAGUGGGAUGCGGUUCCCGCAACUGCUCGCCAGUAUAAGAAGGAUGGCAUCAAAUGGGUCGUCGUUGGGGAUUGGAAUUACGGCGAGGGCUCCUCUCGAGAACAUGCUGCUCUUGAACCCAGACACCUGGGAGGUAUUGCCAUCAUUACCCGAAGCUUCGCUCGUAUCCACGAGACCAACUUGAAGAAGCAGGGUAUGCUGCCCCUGACCUUCGCUAAUCCCGAGGAUUACGACAAGAUCAACCCUGACGACAAGAUCGACUUGUUGGUGUCUGACUUGGCGCCCGGCAAGCCUGUGAUCAUGAAGGUACACCCCAAGGAUGGCAAGACAUGGGACUGCGAGCUGCAACACACAUUCAAUGCCGGCCAGAUUGAGUGGUUCAAGAACGGAAGUGCCCUGAACACCAUGGCCAAGAUGCACGGCCACCGCUAAAUCACAACGGAUCGAGUUCGUCUCGGGUCAACGCGAAACUAUUGUACAGGAUGCAAAUCAAACGGGGAUGGAUCGGCGCAGACAACUGCGACGGUUCAAGAAACCUCUCAGAUAAUCGAGACUGGAGACGGAAAGUCGAGCAAGUAGAGGUCAGAUAUCAACAGCCUGAAGGGGGGAUUAGUAUGGCGGCAGAUUGGGAGCAUGAUGUUAUGUACUUUUCGUAGCGGAAAUACCAACGCGCACCAGUUUUUAAAAGUCAUA